AUGCCGAUGAGGCUAAAAUCUGUGAAGCCUACUAAGAAGAGAAAGUCCAAAAAAUCCAAGACGCCAGAUGAAGAAGAUACUCUGUCGAGGGUGAAGAAUGAUCGCAGUGAAUCUGUGAAAAAGUCACUGUCAAGAGCCAAGACACAAGAUGUGAAGAAGAUAAGCUUAAAACUUCUCACAGUGGACAAGAGGAAGAUGAACUUCUUCGAGGAUGCUGAGAGAUAUUAUGCUUCUUUUGACUAA